UGGUGCCAGGCGAAGAAAUGAAGAAGGCGCAGAGGGACAAGAUGGAUGACCAGCCUGGUGGCCAAAAUUCACAUGCGCUAUACGCGCGCUGGUUGAGUAACUUUGGAGUCAAUCUGGCAAAAAGUAGACGAUUUAGCCAUCGCGCUCCAUUGACAAGUCCCUCUCUGCUGCAAUAUCAUUGGCCAGUCCAGAGCCCGGUUUCAGUGCUGGGAGAAUCAGUCGAGACGGGAUGCAAGGAAAUUGGACCAAGAAAGUGACGAGAGCUUCAUGUGCUGACUUUCAUCCACAGAGAAGCGAUUCCCGCGCCCGCUCCUGUUGCCGCCUCCACACCGACUCAGGCGCCCGCGCCCGCGCCAGCUCCCGCGCCGACGCCGACUUACGCUUCUGGCGGAGGGUCCACCACGGUAUGUCUGCAUUUACCUUACCUUAUCCCACCUUGUACGGAGACCAUCGCGGGAAUCUUAUCAUCGAGUCCAAUCCCGAACCCCAAGAAAAUCCCCCAUCUCCUGCGUUAGUGUUAUCGCAAUUACCGUUCAGGUAUUGCUGUUAUCUAAGAACCAAUGAACCCUGCAAGGCAGGUGUGGGGCAGCAACUGGCCGCGGUCGUUCCUUCCCUGUCUUAUCUUUGCUCCACAGAUAAGUUUUCUUGUUCCCAUGCAGCGACAUUCGUCAACACCAAUACCAGAGUCCCAACUCUCAUCGCGCGCUUCACCCCGUCAAGCACCACAAACAAGCAAACAAGCAUAUUCUUUCGAAUUUCUUUGGAGAAAAUACUCAAAAUCACUUUACGAAAUCUUUUGCGAUCAUUUCGCUGGCGUUGCGCACCAUGAUGGCCACCCAAGCUAACGAAUCGACGCAGCCAACAUGCCAAAACUGUCAGACCUCAACCACGCCCUUAUGGCGGCGCGAUGAAUAUGGAUCAGUUCUCUGCAACGCAUGCGGACUGUUCCUCAAAUUGCAUGCAAGUCUACCCUAUGCUUCUCAUACAGAGGCGAGCUAACCUGGUACUAGGGUCGUCCGCGUCCGAUCUCGCUCAAGACCGACGUGAUCAAGAGUCGAAACCGCGUGAAGACGAUGCGCCCUGAUCUUGCGUCUAAGAAGAAGGUAUGUGGC